AUGCAGGAAAUCGUUGAUGAAUGCCCCCCUAUCACCAUCAUACCACAGAACCAGCCUGUUUGCCGCCUCAACGGUCUGUCUCAGUAUGAUCCCAAUACAUCCAAGCAGCAGCAGAUGCAGCAGAAUGUUGGAUAUGUGUAUGAGCUGAGUAGGUUGGGGAGGGAAGGGCCGGGGGUAUAUAUGGACUCCUCUUUCCCUGUAGAGUUUGGUCAGCUAUCGUUGAACAAGCCCACAGUGGAGGAGGUGGAUGGAGCUAUGACCAGUCUGACCCCUAACCAGGCGCGGCUGAGGAACCUCACGUACAGCAGUCCGGUUUAUGUCAAUGUAACGCAGACAACCUACGCCUUAGCGGAUCCGGAUGAUCCGAACUCUGAGAAGCAACUGAUAUCCGAGGACUCGUACAGUAAAAUUCUCAUUGGGCGGAUACCGAUGAUGCUAAAGUCGGAGUACUGUUGGCUUAAGAACCAGACGGAGCGAGGCUUGGUCGAGAUGGGAGAGUGCGUGUUCGAUCAGGGAGGGUACUUUAUCAUCAAUGGGUCAGAGAAAGUGCUAAUUGCGAUGGAGAGGAUGGCCAAUAACUUUGUGUAUUGCUUCCAGAAGAAGCAGCCAGCGAAGUAUACGUGGAUAUGUGAGAUUCGGUCCCAGGCUGAGGGUAUGCUCAGCACAAGUGGGUUCUCGGUGAAGAUGUUGGCCAAUCUGGGAGGGAGGAGUGCGGCUAGAGGACAGAUCGUCUGCUCAAUGCCGUAUAUCAACGCGGACAUCCCUGUGGUUAUUCUCUUCCGAGCCCUGGGCUGCGUAUCGGACCGUGAGGUUAUUGAAAGAAUCGUCUAUGACUUUUCCGAUACACAGAUGAUGUUCUUAUUGAGGCCUAGUAUAGAAGAGGCGAUGCCGAUCAUGAGUCAGGAGGUUGCCUUGGACUUCAUCGCUAAAAGAGGGCCAACUAUUGGGACAUCGAAGAGUGGUCGUAUACAAUACGCUAAGGAGCUGCUGCAGAAAGAGCUGCUGCCUCAUCUCGGUGUCAAACAGUACUGUGAGCCGAGGAAGGCCUAUUUCAUCGGGUACAUGGUCCAUCGGUUGCUGUUGGGCCAGCUGGGUAGGAUUGCCGAGGAUGACAGGGAUCACUUCGGAAAGAAGAGGAUGGACAUGGCAGGGCCACUCAUGGCGGCUAGCUUUGCACAGCUCUUCAGGAAGUUGGUCCAAGACAGUAAGAGGAUCCUGCAGCGUCAAGUGGAUAGUGGUCGGCACUUUGAUCUCAACUCUGCGAUACGAAGCGCCUCGAGCAUUACAGAUGGGCUGAGGUAUCAAUUGGCUACUGGUAACUGGGGUAUUGAUAAGUCUGGUAAAUCAGUGCGGACAGGAGUGAGCCAGGUGUUAAAUCGACUUACCUUCAUGUCGACCAUGUCCCAUCUAAGGCGUAUGAACACUCCCUUGGAGCGUAGUGGAAAGCUGGCUAAGCCUCGGCAGUUGCACAAUACUCAUUGGGGUAUGAUCUGUCCUGCUGAGACCCCAGAAGGGCAGGCGGUUGGGUUGGUGAAGAACAUUGCGUUAAUGUGUACCAUCACGGUUGGGAGUCUCCCCAACGUAGUGUAUGACUUCCUUAACGAGUGGGGUCUGGAGAACCUGGAUGAGAUCAAUCCGAGUCAGAUUAAGCAUAUGACUAAGGUCUUCUUGAAUGGGCAAUGGGUGGGCAUGCACGCAGACGCAACGAUGUUGUGUGAGACGUUGCGUGACUUGAGGAGGAAGAGGGAUAUCGAUCCUGAAGUGUCUAUUAUUCGUGAUCUCCAGGCGAACGAGUUGCGAAUCUUCACUGACGGUGGGCGUGCCUGUCGACCAUUGUAUGUUGUUCAACCGCCUCCUAGUCAAAAGCUGUGUAUUAAAAGGGAACAUGUGGAAGCAUUACGACGCAUGCUGCUGAACAAUGAGCACGGUGGGUGGGACAUGCUGGUGGAGGAGGGUCUGGUUGAGUACAUUGAUGCUGAGGAAGAGGAGACGUGUAUGGUGGCAAUGUUCGUGGAUGAUCUACGCAAUGCACAGAGGAGGAAGAGCAAGGCUAGCAGCUAUUGCCAUACGUAUACCCACUGUGAGAUCCACCCAUCGUUGAUCCUGGGUGUAUGUGCCUCGAUUAUUCCCUUCCCUGAUCAUAACCAGAGUCCUCGUAACACUUAUCAGAGUGCUAUGGGGAAGCAGGCUAUGGGAGUGUAUGCGACCAACUUCAACAUGCGUAUCGACACUAUGGCGCAUGUGUUGAACUAUCCUCAAAAGCCCUUGGUGGGCACGCGAGCGAUGGAGUAUUUGAGGUUCAGAGAACUGCCCGCCGGCAACAACGCUAUCGUCGCUAUUAUGACUUACUCGGGAUACAACCAGGAAGAUUCCCUUAUCAUGAACGCCUCUUCGAUCGAUCGAGGCUUCAUGAGAUCGGUUCACUUCAAGAGCUAUAUGGCUGAUGAGAAGCGGCAGGGAGCUCAGGUCGUUGAGGAAUUCCGUGCUCCGUCUUGGUCCAAGACGUACGCUAUGAAGAGAGGUGACUACUCUAAGCUGGAUAAUGAUGGUCUUAUCAAUCCUGGUACACGAGUUCAUGGUGAUGAUAUUCUUAUAGGGAAGGUAUCGCCUAUUCCUAAUCAGACAGAUGAGGAAGGUCGCAUCCAGAAGUAUACUGAACGCGAUUGUUCAGUGGCCCUCAAGGGCGCUGAUAAUGGUGUUGUGGAUCAGGUUAUGUUGUCUGUGAAUGCUCGUGGUCACAAGUUCACGAAGAUCCGUGUGAGGACGUUGAGGGUGCCAACCAUUGGUGACAAGUUCGCCUCUCGACACGGUCAGAAGGGUACCAUGGGUAUUUCCUACAGACAAGAAGACAUGCCCUUCACACAGUUUGGAGUGGUCCCUGAUAUCAUUAUGAACCCUCAUGCUGUGCCCUCUCGAAUGACUAUUGGUCAUCUUGUCGAGUGUUUGCUCGGGAAGGUUGGACUACUUAGUGGAGAAGAGGGUGAUGCCACACCAUUUUCCCAAGUUACUGUUCAUGAGAUCAUGGCGCGGUUGCAUGAGUUGGGCUUCCAGAGACAGGGCCGAGAGGUUAUGUACAACGGCCAUACUGGUCUACGGCUACCAGCGAAGAUAUUCAUCGGUCCAACGUAUUAUCAGCGACUGAAGCAUAUGGUUGAAGACAAGAUUCAUUCAAGAGCUCGGGGGCCCAUGCAGAUGCUCACACGACAGCCUAUGGAGGGUCGUGGACGAGAGGGCGGUCUGCGAUUUGGAGAGAUGGAACGUGAUUGCAUGAUUAGUCACGGAGCGGCCAAGUUCCUCAAGGAGAGACUCUUUGAUAUUUCGGAUGCUUACAGGGUUCACGUAUGUGAUAACUGUGGUAUGUUUGCGAUCGCGAACUUGUAUAAGAAUCACUACGAAUGCAGGGCGUGCAAGAACUCGACGAUAUCACAGGUUCAUAUACCAUAUGCGUGCAAGCUGCUGUUCCAAGAGUUGAUGACGAUGUCCAUCAUGCCCAAGCUUGUACUGAAGGUGGCUUGAUGAGCGAUAAUACGUCCCCAUCGGGAAAUGC